AAAAUAGUUUUAUUGCAUUACAUUUGGGACGAUCCAAAUUUAUUGAUAGAGGCAAAAAAUUUUUCGUUCUUUUCAAAUUAUUGGAUUGCGGUAAAAUUUUUUCAAAAUGUUGAAAACAGUUUACACGUCAGAUUACGUGAAUCCAUCCACCUUAAUCAGAGAAUUUCUUGAAAAACAUAAAGGCGCUAUAGCUUGCAGUUCUAGAUGGCAGAAGCAUUUUAAUUUUUCUGAUGUCCAUAUUCCAAUUGGUUGCGACAAACAUCCAAAAGAAUUCCGUAGGUUGUUAAAAUGUUCAUUUCCUGAACUUCAUACCGAGAUUGCUACGGUAUCGCCAGCAGAUAAUUUAAAAAAAUAUUUAGCGAAAAUAAAUUUAGACACAUCAGUAAAAGUAACAACUUACCAAGAUUCCUAUUGCACUCCAAAGAAAAACGUGGAACUAGAACAUGAAAAAGAGGAAUCAUUGGAUGGCAAGGGAGAAAAAAGACUAGAUAUCGAGAAGAGAUUACGGUAUCUAUUAGAUGAAGAAGAAGGUCCUCCGAUAUGUGAUCGAACUGUUUUUGAUUAUUUAGAACCCCCAGAAAAAAAGGAUGAUAUCAGUAUGGAAAGAGAAGAUAGAAAUCCACCGAUGUCUGAGUAUGUUAAUACGAUCAGCCAUACAGGAUGUAUGAUCACCCGUAACCACUUACAUGACCAUAAAGGUUGCGGUAAGACAUGCGCUCAUCCACUCGUUCUUAGUAAAUGCAAAAAAGGGGAUCAUUAGUUUGAAUAUGAAGACUCGAAUCCACUUGGUAAAUUUUUUUAUAUGAUUAGCAUAUCUAAUUGCUUAGCCUUUAAAACGAAGAAUAUUGUGAUGUUUGGCAUUACUAAGUCUCUACAGUUACGGUAUAAUAAAUUUAAAUCUUACUAUCGGAAUUAUGUGAAUAAUUCUUCAAGACGCUUUUAUUUUGUGUUCACAAUAUCAUUUGAGACUACAAAAUAUUAUUACAAAUAAACUAACACA